AAGGCCAUUCAGUUGACGGUGAGCAGAGAUCGAACGCGGUAGUGCUGCGUCUCUUCGGGAAACGAUCGCGCGGUGAGAUUUGGUUUACCUUCUGCGGUACAUAAGCGUGUCCGACCGAAUUCCGGUGGUGGCGAAGAACCCGUUUUGAGGUCCGAUGCGCCCUGCUCUUGGUGAGAGUGUGUUGGUGCACGCGGUUUGUUGGACUUUUAAUAGUUGGGGCUCCAACCUAUAUUUGCGCAUCUAUUGGAGAUCGACGAGGAGAGUUUGGGGAGUGGUGGAGAAAUCGGAAGUCAAUAGACUCUUUAUUUACGGUUCCCGCUAAAGAUUGACGAGUGAUGAUCGCGUGGAUGACGCUGGGAUGACCUUACCGAAGACGGGAACGUUGUUUGGACAGUGUCGUGUUGUUUUGGUUAGCAAUUAGUGGUGACUGGGAAGAAAGAAGAGUGCGUAGGUAUUGCUUAUUUGGUGCUGCCUCGUAGUUGAUGGUGUCAAUGAAACGAUUGAAGAAAGUAAUCGAGGAAGUGCGUGAUUUACGGCUACAGCGCUAGCCCGGAUUGUGUGUUUUCGAGCGUUUCGAGGCUUGCUACUUUCUCCGUCGAUCAUGUCCUCGGGGAAGCGCGCCAGCUCGGAAUUGACGGCUUCCACUGCUCCAGUAGUGGAGGAGGAACGACCGCAUAGUUUCUACGACAACAUCACCGCCGGGUCAUCCUCCGGCACGACAAAACCCAUUCAGAUACCGGAUAUUCAGUUCAAAUUUGAUGACGAGAUCCCGAUUACGAACGAUCCUCGACGAUCAGCUCUGCUGAUGAGUAAUGCCAAGUCCGACUUCUUCGGGCUUCCCCAAAUCCCGUCAGCCGUCCCGGAAGCCGAGACUGACGCAUCGAAAGAGGAUCACAGUGACGAGACUGAACGAUUGAUCGCUGAUCAAGAUCGAAGUACACCUCCUGCCGUGAUCGUGCCUCCCGUAGCGUCUUCCCCUGCAUCCACCACCAGUACGGCUCCGGCGCGAUCAACGGAUUCCCCAGGACCGUCCGAGUCCCCGAAAUCCCGUCCAGUUUCGAGCCAUCGGAACAUCACCAUCAAACUGCCGGAUGCCGGAACACCCUCCGAGGCCGUCUACAUGACCACAACCGUCCCGCAGAACUUCUCCAAAAAUGCCAACAACCUGAUAGGGCGACACAAACCCACCCGGAGCAGUCUCCGGCACAGCCGGAUGCUGAUGGUAAACAAGAGCGUCCCCCAGCGCUACCCCAAGGGCAACUCCUUGAACCUGAAGCACAUCCGCCUCAGCCGGAUACUGAUGAUCUUGGAGAUCGUCGUCGGUACGAUACUUACCCUGGUCGGGAUGACCAUCAUCGUGUGGUCCCCGAACACCCACACCAAGGACAACCCGUACUGGGCGGGGAUGAUUCUAACCUUAUGCGGUACGUUGUUCCUGAUACUGUUCGAUUUCAAGCGGCGACCGUCGAAUCGGUUGCGGGAGAACUUCUUCAACUUCUUCCGGGUGAACGCGAUGGUCAUACUGCUGUUGACGAUCUUCUUCACCAUGCUGGCGUUCAUCUACGCGUUGAUCCACACAACUAAUUUGAGUUCGGAGCAUCUACGGUGUGCGCCGGAGUAUCGGUUUAACGUGAACUCUUCCAGCUGCGUGUGCUUGAUCGAUACCCGGGGGGUUUCGACGGAUGUGGCUGCGAGUGAGCUCCGGAGUGGGGAGGAGGAGGAUGGAGAGUUGGACGGUGAGAGGAGGAACGGGACGGCCGAGGCCAGUCGGGCCGUCAUGAGUGGAUUCGAUUUGAGGCGUGCCGGGGAGAUGUUGGAGGAAGAAGGCGUCAUUUGGUUGGAAUAUCGUGACUUCAACUGCAGCGAAGUGCUCAGCGUGUGGUACUACAUUGCGCUUUCGUUUGCGAUCCUGAGCAGUUUGGGGUGUCUUCUGGCGUCCAGCUUCCUGGUGAUCUACGCCAUCGAGUGUCAACGACGGCACGAGCAAGAGCAGAAGUACUUCACCGUGAGGACCAAUGGCGAUGCCCCGUCGACGACGACGUCUUCCAAUAGGACCGAUCAGAGGAUAAGUGAGGAGAAUGAAUCUAAGGCCGCGGCAAAUACGACAACGCUGACAUCGGCGACAGCAGUUCAGGACUCUGGUGGUGGAUCAGUUACGACCAAUGGGAAUAUGACUAGCGUUACGGAAGAAGCGGAUGCCACGACUGCGGUGGCAUAAUGGGUGACUAUUCGAAGGUAUUUGUAUAAAAAGUAUUACCGAAAGGAAA